GGAGCGGUGUGUCGCGGGUGGUGUCGGGAAUCGUAGUUCUGACCCACCCUCUCACAGCAGCCUUUGGGAUGCGCCGAUGGUGACUAUCUUACUACAUCUCCCGGCGUUCACUUCGGCCACAGGGCUUGUUUACUCCGCCUGUCGCGCAGCAGGAAUCCCCCGACAGCAACAGGUUGGUUGGGUGCCAGCGGGUGUCUCUCCCGCCCAGUGUGGCCACAUAGCCUGAUGGCGGGCUGUGACAGCAUCACCGGGCCUGUCACAAUCACCCUCCAGCAAUACACAUAGUGCAAUGUGGCCAUUACUGGGGGCGGGGGCUUAUUCACUAAACUGGGCUAAAGGGACAGUAAUACAGAGCUAUCUACUAAAAUGGGGACAAUAAUACAGAGCUAUCUACUAAACUGGGGACAGUAAUACAGAGCUAUCUACUAAACUGGGGACAGUAAUACAGAGCUAUCUACUAAACUGGGGACAGUAAUACAGAGCUAUCUACUAAACUGGGGACAAUAAUACAGAGCUAUCUACUAAAAUGGGACAAUAAUACAGAGCUAUCUACUAAACUGGGGACAGUAAUACAGAGCUAUCUACUAAACUGGGGACAGUAAUACAGAGCUAUCUACUAAACUGGGGACAAUAAUACAGAGCUAUCUACUAAAAUGGGACAAUAAUACAGAGCUAUCUACUAAACUGGGGACAGUAAUACAGAGCUAUCUACUAAAAUGGGACAAUAAUACAGAGCUAUCUACUAAACUGGGGACAGUAAUACAGAGCUAUCUACUAAACUGGGACAAUAAUACAGAGCUAUCUACUAAAAUGGGGACAGUAAUACAGAGCUAUCUACUAAACUGGGACAAUAAUACAGAGCUAUCUACUAAACUGGGGACAAUAAUACAGAGCUAUCUACUAAAAUGGGACAAUAAUACAGAGCUAUCUACUAAACUGGGACAAUAAUACAGAGCUAUCUACUAAACUGGGGACAAUAAUACAGAGCUAUCUACUAAAAUGGGGACAGUAAUACAGAGCUAUCUACUAAACUGGGGACAAUAAUACAGAGCUAUCUACUAAAAUGGGGAUAGUAAUACAGAGCUAUCUACUAAACUGGGGAUAGUAAUACAGAGCUAUCUACUAAAAUGGGGACAGUAAUACAGAGCUAUCUACUAAACUGGGGACAGUAAUACAGAGCUAUCUACUAAACUGGGACAAUAAUACAGAGCUAUCUACUAAACUGGGACAAUAAUACAGAGCUAUUCACUAAAAUGGGGACAAUAACACAGAGCUAUCUACUAAAAUGAGACAAUAAUACAGAGCUAUCUACUAAAAUGGGACAAUAAUACAGAGCUAUUCACUAAAAUGGGGACAAUAAUACAGAGCUAUCUACUAAAAUGGGGACAGUAAUACAGAGCUAUCUACUAAACUGGGGACAAUAAUACAGAGCUAUCUACUAAAAUGGGGACAAUAAUACAGAGCUAUCUACUAAACUGGGGACAAUAAGACAGAGCUAUCUACUAAAAUGGGGACAAUAAUACAGAGCUAUCUACUAAAAUGGGACAAUAAUACAGAGCUAUCUACUAAAAUGGGGACAAUAAUACAGAGCUAUCUACUAAAAUGGGACAAUAAUACAGAGCUAUCUACUAAACUGGGGACAGUAAUACAGAGCUAUCUACUAAAAUGGGACAAUAAUACAGAGCUAUCUACUAAAAUGGGGACAGUAAUACAGAGCUAUCUACUAAAAUGGGACAAUAAUACAGAGCUAUCUACUAAAAUGGGACAAUAAUACAGAGCUAUCUACUAAAAUGAGGACAAUAAUACAGAGCUAUCUUCUAAAAUGGGGACAGUAAUACAGAGCUAUCUACUAAAAUGGGACAAUAAUACAGAGCUAUCUACUAAAAUGGGGACAAUAAUACAGAGCUAUCUACUAAAAUGGGACAAUAAUACAGAGCUAUCUACUAAAAUGGGGACAGUAAUACAGAGCUAUCUACUAAAAUGGGGACAAUAAUACAGAGCUAUCUACUAAAAUGGGACAAUAAUACAGAGCUAUCUACUAAAAUGGGGACAAUUAUACAGAGCUAUCUACUAAAAUGGGACAAUAAUACAGAGCUAUCUACUAAACUGGGGACAAUAAUACAGAGCUAUCUACUAAAAUGGGACAAUAAUACAGAGCUAUCUACUAAAAUGGGGACAGUAAUACAGAGCUAUCUACUAAACUGGGGACAAUAAUACAGAGCUAUCUACUAAAAUGGGACAAUAAUACAGAGCUAUCUACUAAACUGGGGACAGUAAUACAGAGCUAUCUACUAAACUGGGGACAGUAAUACAGAGCUAUCUACUAAAAUGGGGACAGUAAUACAGAGCUAUCUACUAAAAUGGGACAGUAAUACAGAGCUAUCUACUAAACUGGGACAGUAAUACAGAGCUAUCUACUAAACUAGGGACAAUAAUACAGAGCUAUCUACUAAAAUGGGGACAGUAAUACAGAGCUAUCUACUAAAAUGGGGACAGUAAUACAGAGCUAUCUACUAAAAUGGGACAAUAAUACAGAGCUAUCUACUAAACUGGGACAAUAAUACAGAGCUAUCUACUAAAAUGGGGACAAUAACACAGAGCUAUCUACUAAACUGGGGACAGUAAUACAGAGCUAUCUACUAAAAUGGGACAGUAAUACAGAGCUAUCUACUAAAAUGGGACAGUAAUACAGAGCUAUCUACUAAACUGGGACAAUAAUACAGAGCUAUCUACUAAAAUGGGACAAUAAUACAGAGCUAUCUACUAAAAUGGGGACAAUAACACAGAGCUAUCUACUAAACUGGGGACAGUAAUACAGAGCUAUCUACUAAACUGGGAACAAUAAUACAGAGCUAUCUACUAAACUGGGGACAAUAACACAGAGCUAUCUACUAAAAUGGGACAAUAAUACAGAGCUAUCUACUAAACUGGGACAAUAAUACAGAGCUAUUCACUAAAAUGGGACAAUAAUACAGAGCUAUCUACUAAAAUGGGGACAGUAAUACAGAGCUAUCUACUAAAAUGGGGACAAUAAUACAGAGCUAUCUACUAAACUGGGGACAAUAACACAGAGCUAUCUACUAAACUGGGACAAUAAUACAGAGCUAUUCACUAAAAUGGGACAGUAAUACAGAGCUAUCUACUAAAAUGGGGACAGUAAUACAGAGCUAUCUACUAAAAUGGGGACAAUAAUACAGAGUUAUCUACUAAAAUGGGGACAAUAAUACAGAGCUAUCUCCUAAACUGGGGACAAUAAUACAGAGCUAUCUACUAAACUGGGACAAUAAUACAGAGCUAUCUACUAAAAUGGGACAAUAAUACAGAGCUAUUCACUAAAAUGGGACAAUAAUACAGAGCUAUUCACUAAAAUGGGGACAGUAAUACAGAGCUAUCUACUAAAAUGGGGACAAUAAUACAGAGUUAUCUACUAAAAUGGGGACAAUAAUACAGAGCUAUCUACUAAACGGGACAAUAAUACAGAGCUAUCUACUAAAAUGAGACAAUAAUACAGAGCUAUCUACUAAAAUGGGACAAUAAUACAGAGCUAUUCACUAAAAUGGGGACAAUAAUACAGAGCUAUCUACUAAAAUAGGACAAUAAUACAGAGCUAUCUACUAAAAUGGGGACAAUAAUACAGAGCUAUCUACUAAAAUGGGGACAGUAAUACAGAGUUAUCUACUAAAAUGGGGACAAUAAUACAGAGCUAUCUACUAAAAUGGGGACAAUAAUACAGAGCUAUCUACUAAAUGGGACAAUAAUACAGAGCUAUCUACUAAAAUGGGGACAGUAAUACAGAGCUAUCUACUAAAAUGGGGACAAUAAUACAGAGCUAUCUACUAAAAUGGGACAGUAAUACAGAGCUAUCUACUAAAAUGGGGACAGUAAUACAGAGCUAUCUACUAAAAUGGGGACAAUAAUACAGAGCUAUCUACUAAAAUGGGGACAAUAAUACAGAGCUAUUCACUAAAGGGACAAUAAUACAGAGCUAUUCACUAAAAUGGGGACAAUAAUACAGAGCUAUUCACUAAAGGGACAAUGAUACAGGGCUAUUUACUAAAGGGACAGUAAUACAGGGCUAUGCACUAAAGGGACAGUAAUACAGAGCUAUGUACUAAAGGGACAAUAAUACAGGGCUAUGUACUUAAGGGACAAUAAUACAGGGAUAUUCAUUAAAGGGACAAUAAUACAGGGCUAUGUACUAAAGGGGCAAUAAUACAGGGCUAAGUACUAAAGGGACAAUAAUACAAAGCUAUUUACUAAAAGGACAGUAAUACAGGGCUAUGUACUAAAGGGACAAUAAUACAGGGCUAAGUACUAAAGGGACAAUAAUACAGGGCUAUUUACUAAAGUGACAAUAAUACAGGACUAUGUACUAAAGUGAGAUUGCAAGGUAAAAACUGCUGACCUGGAAAAAAGUCAGUAAUGAAUCCAAUUCGGCUACUUUGGCCUUAAGUUAGACAUUCACUUUGAAUUCUCCCUUUAGUAAAUAACCCUGUAUUAUAGGCCAGAAUUGCCUUAGAAUAACAUUACUGACUUACAGGGUUAUUCACUAAGGUGAAAAUUCAAACUGAAUUUCACGUUUCAGUAUAAAAUAGUUGAUUUGGAAGCCUAUCUGACUUAAAGGGAUACUGUAGCGCCAGGAAUACAAAGCUAUAUUCCUGGCACUGAUUGGCCAGGGCUCUGUUUGACUUGUACUGCCUCUGCCCCUGAUCUGCCUUCUUGACAGUCUCAGCCAAUCCAAUUCCUAUGGGAAAGCAUUGUGAUUGGCUCAGAACACCACUUCUGAUGAUGUCAGCCAAGGAGGCAGAUCAGGGGCAGAGCCAGCAUCAGCAGUAAACUGAAAUAAAUGUAAGAUUUUGCUAUAUUGAGGGGGCAGGGCUAUUCACUAAAAUGGGGACAAUAAUACAGAGCUAUUCACUAAAAUGGGGACAAUAAUACAGAGCUAUCUACUAAAAUGGGGACAAUAAUACAGAGCUAUUCACUAAAAUGGGGACAAUAAUACAGAGCUAUUCACUAAAAUGGGGACAAUAAUACAGAGCUAUCUACUAAAAUGGGGACAAUAAUACAGAGCUAUUCACUAAAGGGACAAUAAUACAGAGCUAUUCACUAAAAUGGGGACAAUAAUACAGAGCUAUGUACUAAAGGGACAAUAAUACAGAGCUAUGUACUAAAGGGACAAUGAUACAGGGCUAUUUACUAAAGGGACAAUAAUACAGGGAUAUUCACUAAAGGGACAAUAAUACAGGGCUAUGUACUAAAGGGACAAUAAUACAAAGCUAUUUACUAAAAGGACAGUAAUACAGGGCUAUGUACUAAAGGGACAGUAAUACAGGGCUAUGUACUAAAGGGACAAUAAUACAGGACUAUGUACUAAAGUGAGAUUGCAAGGUAAAAACGGCUGACCUGGAAAAAAGUCAGUAAUGCAUCCAAUUCGGCUACUUUGGCCUUAAGUUAGACAUUCACUUUGAAUUCUCCCUUUAGUAAAUAACCCUGUAUUAUAGGCCAGAAUUGCCUUAGAAUAACAUUACUGACUUACAGGGUUAUUCACUAAGGUGAAAAUUCAAACUGAAUUUCACGUUUCAGUAUAAAAUAGUUGAUUUGGAAGCCUAUCUGACUUAAAGGGAUACUGUAGUGCCAGGAAUACAAAGCUAUAUUCCUGGCACUACCAUUCCUCUGCCUUCCGCCCCCCAGUAAAUACUUUAUCCCAGCACCGAUGUCCCUCGACGCUGGGUCGACACUCUGCCCCCUCCUCCGUCCCUCGACGAUCGGGGUCUAAUGCGCAUUAGACGUUCCCGUAGGAAAGCACUGAAUCAGUUUUCCUUUUAGCAAAAAUCUGACGCUGGAGGUCUUCAUGCAAAGCGUGAGGACGUCCAGCGUCAGAUAACGGACCAAAUAUCACUUACGAUUCUGGAAGCGCCCCCAGUGGCUGUCUGGUAGACAGCCACUGAGGGCAGACUUAGUGCUGCGAUGUAAGCACUGCAAUGUUUAACAUUGCAGCACUAGAUGCAAAAGGGACACAAUGAGCUGUAGUGGUUUUGGUGCCUACAGUGUCCCUUUAAUAUAUUAAAAUUUAAAAGGGUUCUAUAGUGAAAGGAAUACAAACCUGUAAGGCCCCCUCCCAUAGCCCUCGGCUACUAAAGGGUUAAAAAAUCCUUUAAUCACUUACCCGUCAUCUGACCGGGGGGAUAAUGCGCAGGAGUGGUGAGCACAUUAGGCUCUCUCCGUAGAAAAGCAUUGCUUCAGAUUUUCACUGACACUGGAUGUCCUCAUGCAGAGUGCGAGGACGUCCAGAAUAGGUUAGGUGACCUAAAGUCAGGUAAGAUACGGGAAGCACCUCUAGUGGCUGUUUUAGUGCUGCAAUGUAAACAUUGCAUUUUCUCUAAAACUGCAAUGUUUUACAUUGCAGCACUAAGGGAGUCAGGGACAGUUCACCCAGACCCUUUUAAUGAGCUGAAGUGGUCUGGGUUACCAUAGUGUUCCUUUACUAUUUUAUAAAUAGUAAAUAAUCUGACAUGGAGAAUUAUUGCAUUCAGCUAUUUUGGUCUAAAAUGUAACAUUUGUUUUACAUUCCUGAUAAUUCUUAUUUUAAUUAAUAAUUUCUACAGUUGUUAUUGUGGCUUCAAGUUUGAAAUUUACAUAAAGUUUCCUUCAACACACUUAAAUAAUUAUAAUAUGAGAGUUCAUGUUAUGAGAUAUAUGUUUGUAGGGUUAUUAAAGAGAUUCUAUAGUGGCAGGAAAACAAAGCCAGAAACUGCAAUAAUUACCACUGUAGGGUUAAAGGGACACUAUACUCACCAGAACUAUUACAGCUUAUUGUAGUUGUUCUGAUGAGUAUAAUUGGCCCCUUCUGUCUGUUUUGCAGUAAACACUGUCUUUUCAGAGAAAAUGCAGUGUUUACAUUACAACCUAGGGAUACCUCCACUGGCCACACCUCAGAUGGCUACUAGAGGUACUUCCUGUGGCAGUACUGCACAGCACUGACAUUCAGUGUCUCCACCCUAUGAAUGCAGACACUGAACUUUCCUCAUAGAGAUGCAUUGAUUCAUACAUCGCAAUGACGAGAUGCUGAUUGGCCAGGGCUCUGUUUGACUUGUGCUGCCUCUGCCCCUGAUCUGCCUUCUUGACAGUCUCAGCCAAUCCAAUUCCUAUGGGAAAGCAUUGUGAUUGGCUCAGAACACCACUUCUGAUGAUGUCAAUCCUGUAUAUGACAGGGGAUUACAAUUUAUAUGGUCUGAAACCUGGCAUUUAUCAUUAUCUUAUAUUGGUUUGUGACUGUUUUAGAAAAAUGAAAGACCAGUUUGAUUAAAAAAAAAAUGGUUAUUAACCAGUUUAAUAAGUAUAUGUUCAUACAAAAUUAGUAGAACAUAUUUAUACAAUAAAAUACGCAAAAUACCAGCUGCUGUGGACUGUCAGAUGUAUUUACUUAACUGGAAAUUGUAGUGAAUUGACAUUUGAGGCCAAGUUACUCAAGCUGGAUUUGUAGCUAAGUUGGAAAAUUAACAGAAUUAGCUACUUGUUUGUGGUUUGUAUUUCCAUCAGUUCUCCACAAUUUCCAGAAUAAAGGGUGAUUUGUACAGCUACAGUCCUAGGCUGACUAAUGUCAAUUCUGUGCAACUCCCGCCCUCCACCAAAAAAAACUACACUUGCCAAAACACAUAUCCAUUAAUUCAUGCAGUGUCUGUGUUUGUGUAGUGCAGUGGUUCGAAGCCCAGUCCUCAAAUACCCCCUAACAGUCCAGGAUUUAGGGAUGACACAACAGGGUAAUCCCUAAAUCCUGGACUGGUAAGGGGUACUUAAGGACUGGGUUUGGUAACCCCUGGUGUAGUGGAUGCAAUGCGUGUGUCUGUGUAGUGGAUGCAGUGAGUGUGUUUGUGUAGUGGAUGCAGUGAGUAACAAAUGUGCUGUGCCGCAAAGAGCAUGGGCCACGCAUUUGCAUAUAUAUAUAUGCCGUGUCCUAUCUCCUGCAGCAUCAGGUCCUUACCCCUUGUGAGCCGCUGGUUGCUAUGGCAAUGCUCCAUCAUGCAUUGCGUGCUGCGCGGAGUUGCCAUGAAAACUCGCAUCAACGCUCUCGCAGUUCAAGAGAGGAGAGGACUUGAUGCUGCAGGAGAUGGAGAAUUAGAUCUCUGUGCCCACUCUUCAUUGGACAAGAGGUGUAGGUAUAUAUAUGUGUGUGUGUGUGUGUGUAUAUGUAUAUGUGUGUGUGUGUGUGUGUAUAUAUAUAUAUAUAUAUAUAUAUAUAUAUAUAUAUAUAUAUAUAUAUAUAUAUAUAUAUACACAAAUGGGCGCCCCCCUCCCUUCGUCAAAGUGCUGCCUUGAGCCAUAUUCCUACUGGGACCUAUUUAAGAGGCCCACCCUGAGCCUUGGCCUCUGCAUUUCUGCAGAAGCUGGAAGUGUGUCACUGGACCACCAGGGAGCAUCGGAGCCAGCCAGUGGUUUGUGCCACUACCGGAGAACUGGGUCGGGGGACUUGGCAUCGUAACCACUACAGCGGCUGUAUUUAUGAUAAUGCUUUCGAAUAACCCUUUAAUGAUUUCCAGUGAUUUGGAAAUUGAAUUGGAAAUGUACUCCAGAACAGCUGGUGUGCCAAUGUUUCAGCAAAUAUGGUAGCAAUAUUGUAAACAUUUAAAAGGAAUACUGCCACCCCCAUAACAACUUAAGUUUAUUGAAGUUGUUAUGGGGAGGAGGGCCCGAAGCACUGCCUUACCUUGAGGGGUUAAUUCCUUUUGCAACAGUUUAUCCUGAAUUUGGUGCUCUGACACUGCUGUCCACUGGCUUUCAUUGCACUUUCACUUAUUACCUAUCCAUUCUGUCCAACUUUGACAUAAAUGGCUUAUAGGCACCAGGCUAACAAACAUUAGUACUUUUAUUCUGUCACUUCUGUCCUGGGUGGACCAAAUAGAUAUUAAUAUUGCAGAUAUGUAAAUUCCACAUUUGCUGCUGAUGAGGUGGUCUGGAGAGAUUCCUGUCACUAGAGUGAAUGCUUUUGACAUUAUUACUUUCUGUGUCUAUUGUUCAAGUUAACAUAGUGUCCAAAUUAAAUGUGUUACAUAACCUAGACUGAUCAAAAACAUUGACAUGCUCAUAUUAUACCUUGUAAGAGAAUUAAAGGGACAGUUUGGGCAACAUAACAAUUACAUGCCAAUUUAGUGAAUACAGAUACCUUCCCCUGUUUUUUUUUUGUCAUAUUAUUUUUUAUAACAAACAAAACAGGUACCAGCCCCUGUCCAUAGAAGUUCUAGGUCUGGAAAAGAGUUUCUUAAACAUCUGAUCAUUUAUUAUUUUUAUUGUUAUUACUAUUGGUAUCUAUAUAGUGGCAGUAAAUUCAGUAGCACUUUACAAUAUAAGAAGGGGAUAUUUAACAAUAAGUAAGACAAUUACAAAAACUUACAGGAACGAUAGGUUGAAGAGUACCCUGCUUUAAAUAAGCUUACAAACUAUUGGAGGUAGGGUAUCAAACACAAUAGGACAGGAGAUAGCAAUCAAACAAGGUGGGAGUGAGUCAGAGCUGGAUGAGAGAGUAGAAUGCUGCCCUUUAGGAGAGAGGAAAGGACAGGUAUGUGAGGUAGAGGUUACAGUGGGAGACCAUAAGCUUUCCUGAAAUGAUGGGUUUUAAGGCACUUUUUAAACGAUUGAAAAACUAGGGGAGAGUCUGAUGGUGGUAGGCAGGUUAUUUCAUAGGAAGGGAGCCGACCACGAGAAGUCUUGCAAGCGUGAGUUGGCCGUACGGUGCGAGCAGCGGACAGGAGAAGGUCAUGGACAGAGCGGCGAGACCGAGAAGGGGCGUACCUAUGGAUCAGUGAAGAGUUAUAUGAGGGGCUAGAGUUGUUCAGUGCUUUCUAAGUUUGGAUUAUUACUUUGAAUUGGGGUGAGGUGUGAGAGGAGCGACUGGGGAGGAAAAUCAGUUUGGUGGCAGCAUUCAUUACAGACUGUAGCAGGACUAUAGGGCUUCUGGAAAGACCAAUUAGGAAAAGGGUUACAGUAAUCCAUGCAAGAGAUUACUGGAGCAUGGACAAGCUGCUUAGUAGUAUUUGUCUGGUGAAUGUUUGAUAUUUUGUACUAUAUCACAUCCCUUAAAGAAGAUUUGGAUAAUUUAUAUUCUGCAGCACUUUACAAUUGUAAAACUUGUGUGACUAAUCAGAUGUGACAAAAUAUUACAAAUUGACAGGAACAAGAGUUUAACUAUGAAUACAAAUGCUUUCUGGAGGAAGAUAUUCACACAUUUAUAAAGAAGUGGUAUUUUUUCCACUAUAUUCAAUUUUGUUUUACUCUAGUGCAGAGAGAAUGGGAGAGUCCAGAGAAAGGCGUGUUUAUUUAUUGCACUUGAAAUUGCAUGUAGUCUUUAGAAUAAAGCAUUAAAUUACUGUAAUGUGCAUUUGGGACAUCAGGUUUAGAGAGCACAACACGUUUUCUUAUCUGUGAAGCCGUAAGCCUACGGAAGCCAUGAAUGAAUCCUGCAGUGUAGAGCAGCAGCUUUAUAGAGCAAAGCAUUCUUUGGUCAAAAGCACAGAAAAAAAUUGCUCUGCAAAUUCUUGUUUGAAAUGAGUAGGGUAUUUAGAUUAGCCCAGAAAGAUGUGUUUAAACACGUCACAUGGGGAAAAGACCCUUUCAAAGGAAAUAAGAAAUAUUCUUAAUAGAACAGAUGUUUGUUUAAUUUUUUCACAUCAACAGGUCCCUGUAUUCUGGGAGAGGAAAAGGUUCAUGCACUUCAAAAACAAAGUCAGGACACAAGACUCUGAGACAGAGCACACACUUCUAUGCAAGAUUAAUGGUCCACUAAAGGCACCCAGACCCCUUCAUCUCAAUGAAGUUGUCUUGGUGCAGUGGUCCCUUCGUUUUAACACUGCAAUAUAAAACAUUGCCGUUAAAUAGAUAUGAUUGCAAGGUUCAGCACACCUCUAGUGACUGUCUUAGUAACAGACACUAGAGGCACUUCUGCUGAAUAACAGUCAGGCCUGGUUACUCGAUGAAAUGAAAUGCUCAUAGAGACAAUUGAUUUGCUGCGCAUGUGCACUAGCUUCCAAAUUCUUUUCCAGCUUGCUAAAGUGCAAGCUUUUAACUGCACAUGUUAAAUAUGUCAAUCAGACAGCUGGGGGUAGACCUUGCUUCCAAAUUGCACCUGCCUUCUACAAGUGCCUGUGAUAUUGAGCAUUCACAGGACUCCACAUUGUGCCUCGUCCUCUUUGGCUCUCCUUUCUCCCCGGCGGCGGUGUCAUCUGUGCCACGCAUCCCCCCCCCCCCACUACCACAUUCGCCUGUGGCUCACAAUCAGAAGACUCUGAUUGGAAAUGUCCCUGUUGGUGCUGCGGAAGAAAGGAGAGGGCUUGCAAAGGCUGCAGUCAGAAGAUCUGCCGCUUUUGCAAGCACUUUUGGAUAUACCCCUGUAACGGCCACCCGGAGUAUCAGAGGGGUGUAUGCCGUUAGAGAUGUCCUUUUCCCUGGGGAAGAGCGGUGCUGCAAUAUUCUCCAGAUGUCAUCUCAGCCAAACAGGUAGUCGAAGGUAUAGUAGAGCUCUUACAAGAGCUAGUGAUUAGUUGUGAAGCAGGUUCCCUACAAGCAUGAGGCAAGGCUACAUGUUGAGGGUUAAGCAGAACUGAUUUUUAAUGUGGCCAUGCUGGCCUUUUAUGCAAGUUUUCCAACAAGGUUGCCACCCAGGUGGACCUUGUUGUGCACAGAGAAAAACAGUGAACAACCAAUCAACAUAGAGUCAUGUAAUGAGUCACUCCCAUACAUUACAUCCAAUCCCUCCCCUCUGCUUGGGAGAUAAGUGAGUUAAUUACUGUAUCAACUCCAGCACCAUGUUUGAAUGUGUUAUCUAUAAUCAUCCCAUUUAUUAAAAAAAUAAAAAAUAAAUGAUUAUUCUCAAGAAAAAAUGGAAAAGACCUGUGAAGAAGCAGUCAGGGUGGUUCAGAACAAUCCCGUAUCUUCAGUCCGAGACAUGAGAAUCUUGGAGCUAUUAGCAAUGUGAAAUACUGCACCAUGUUUGAAUGUGUUAUCUAUAAUCAUCCCAUUUAUUAAAAAAAUAAAAAAUAAAUGAUUAUUCUCAAGAAAAAAUGGAAAAGACCUGUGAAGAAGCAGUCAGGGUGGUUCAGAACAAUCCAGUAUCUUCAGUCCGAGACAUGAGAAUCUUGGAGCUAUUAGCAAUGUGAAAUACUGGAAAAUAUCAAAUGAAAAUCCAGACAAACCCAUGAUCAUUUCAUAUGACAAAAUAUCUGGGAUGCAAAGGUGGAUCCACUCCAGCUUUUACUAGGUUUUUCUUUCAGUCCAACCAGAUGGACUACUCUUAGCUACAAGUGCCUCAGGGUCAGGGUGUGUCCCUCAUCUGCAUUCACAUCUGAUACAAGAAACUAUUACAGGAAAAUUAAAUAUCUGUCUUUGAAUCACAGAAUGUUAAAAGCAGUAUGGCACUCAGAGAAUUCCAAGAGAAGACUAAGGGUUGCUUCAUAUCAGCUGUGCAUGAGUUAAGUCUGUUAACAAAGGUUCUGUGUAGAUUAAAGGGACACUAUAGUCACCAAAACAACUUAGCUUAAGCAGUUCAACAGUAUAUAUUAGAGGUGCCAAAAAAGGUAGAUCCCCAGAUGUUUUUAAACUACAGCUUCCAUGAUGCUUUGUCAUUCUAAAGGCAUGCAAAGCAUUGUGAGAGUUGUAGUUCUACAACAUCUGGGAUCUACCUUUUGGGCACACCUGGUAUAGAUCACGCCCCUGCAGUCACUGCUCAAUUCUCUGCCACUUUUGUUUCUGGUUAUGUAGCCCUAUUCACAACUCCUUGAGCUGUGUGUAAAAAAAAAAAAAAACAAAUAUCUAAAGGAACACUAUAGUGCUGGAAUACAUAUAUAGGUGUCUGGCCCACCUCUCUGUUGAGUAAAAAGGUAUUAAACAUACCUUUUCUCCAAUGCUGUGCUGGUCUUGCUGUGACUGGCCCCACCAUGGCUAAGAUCAUUAAUGUGGAGGAUCUCAGCCAAUCCAAUGAUUUCUCAUAGUAAAGCAUUGGGAGGCUAUUGCGCAUGCACCGCACUGCGCCAAUCAGGAUCUUAUAGAGAUGCAUGGAAUCAAUGCAUCUCCAUGGGGAACAUUCAGCACUGAAUGUAGGUCCUGCACAGCAUGCAGCACUGAAAUAGGAAGCUUCUCUAGUGGCCAUCUGAGUUACUGCACGUAAAGUUGUUGCUAGGCAGCACUGUAAACAGUGCCUUUUCUCUGAAAAGGCAGCAUUUAUACAUUGAACAGCAUGCAGGCACAUGCUAUAGAUACCGGAACCAUUCAUUGAGAUAAAGACGUCUGUGUGACUAAAGUGACCCUUUAAAGAUUUGGUGCAUUGCUGAUGUUGCUUAAGGGCUGUAUUGUAUAUGUUUAUACACAUAGGUUUCUUUUUGUGUUAGUAUAUAUGUAAACCUUUCUAUUGAAUUUAGAUCAGUUUUAAGUUCUCCUCACACUCUGUCUCCUGAAGUUUUAGUCACUUAUUUUCAGUUCUUAUAUAGCAGUCUUAUAGGUGGGUUUUCAAAGAGAGGGAUAUAUCAUUAGACAUGCUGACCCAAAAAGAGAAUGGAAAUCCUGCCUGCCUACCUUUCUUUAUUUCCUCUGGUUAUCCCUUAGGAUUCCUUCCUUAUCCUUUAUUUACACUUUUCCUAUCUGCAAGCUUUACUUGCUUUCUCAUUUUGGUUUCUGAAUCCCAUCCCUGUUUCUCUUUGCUCCUCCUCCGCCCUCUCUCUGUCUCACAUUUAUGUGUCAUACAACGUUUCUGCCAAAUUCUGCUGGAAGUGUAAAAUAGUUCUCAGUGCUGUGAGUCAGAUCUCCUGGUUGAAGACGUUAGACAUCCCCCCCUCCUAGGUGCAGGCCCUUUCUCCUGGUAUCUGUACUGCUACCAUUCAGCUCUGUAAGUUUGAUAUUUUGCUGCUAGCAGUGUCUCCUUUAAUAUUUAAUGGUUGUUAUGGCAUCCUUCCAAAUAUUUAGCUUUUCUUAGUUUCCCCUCUUGUGUGCAUACUAGAGUGCACUGUUUAGGAAGCAGAUGAUUGCUUCUCUCUGGGUAAUCCGCUCUGUGGGCAGUAACUAUUUCCUAUGCCAGUUAUAGUUGUUCUGCUCUUACUGUGGUUUUGUUUAUAGUUAUGUUUUUUUUAUUCCUAUUCUCUAAUCCUUCCAUAUCUUUCAUUCUGCCGCAGCCAUGGCUCCAGCUACUCCCGGCCCAGUCCAGGUAGUUCAAGUACUAAAGGAUGAUCAUUCUUUCCAGUUGGACGAGGAGGCCCUGGCCUCUGUUCUUCUCCAAGAGAGAAUACGAGAUUUGGAUGUAGUGGUUGUAUCUGUAGCCGGCGCCUUUCGAAAAGGGAAGUCCUUUCUGUUGGAUUUUAUGCUGAGAUAUGUCUACAGCCAGGUAUCUUUUCAAUCCACAUUUCCUCUCUCCGAAGUUGUACUAUUCUCGGAGUAUCACACUCAUAUUCAGGUUUCAUAAUAGCUUUUGUUUUGCAUAAAAUGAUGAAUUCCAACUCCAAAUAAUUUUAUUUAUACCUUGCGCAUCUGCGUGGUUAGUUAAUAUACAACUUUGCACAUUUAAUUAAACGAAGAGCAAAACGUAUAUUAAAUACAAAUCUCAAAUUUGGUUGUAGCAAAGCUGUCAAAAAAGAGCCACAUAGAAACACCUGCAUUUCAUCUGGCAUCAUUUCUGAUCGGUCCCAGGUCAGAAAUUGCAGGACAGAUCAGGAUAGGUACAGGCAUACACACAACAUGUAUAGAACAAAAAUACAGGAAUACAGCUCUAGAUGUAAAGGGGAAAAAUAUAUCAUUAUAACACUGUUUAGCAGCUAAACCACCUAAGCAACCAAAUGCACUCACCUGUAGAAAUUAGCAGGUGUAUCAGGGAGCCUCGGACCAUUAAUAUCACCAGGGGAGACUCCCUGAUACUCCUGCUAAUUUAUACAUCUUGCAUUUGGUUGCUUAAGUGACUUAUUAACUAAACUGUGUUAUGCUAUAUUUUGUUUCCUGUACAGCCAUAUUCCCAUAUUUGUGUUGUAUAUAAGUAUUUGCGUUAGAGACCAUUCAGGAAGGUCUCGGGCAAGACUGCCAUCCCUAUCCCCAGUUAUAAAAGCUCAGUAUCAGUACAUUGUAUAUAUUUUACAAGUGUUGGAAGAGUUUAAUAUACACACACAGGGACCCAAGUGUGUUACAUAUAGAUAUGGAUAUACACAGAACUUUUCUCUGGCUGCUCCUUGAGGCACUCCCGGGGUAAACCAUUUUAUUUUUAAUUUGAAUAAUAUAAGUGUAUGGUGAGCAUAGGUGACAUUAUUUGUAGUUUUAAGAUUGUUUUAUGACAUGUUAAUUAUGACAAAGUCUCAUUAAUUCAUGUUCUCCAUCAUAUUAUUAUGUUUAUAGACCUACUUUUUACAGACAUUUUAUAGACUUCCUAUGUUCCUUAGGCACCACCUGCCUGGAACAAUUCUCAUGUGCUGCCCCCUAGGGAUGUAAUAUUUCUUAAGUCUCUUGCAUAUUGUACCAUGAAACAGCUUGCACGUGCCAUGUCAAGUGUUAAAGAAUAUUAAUUUACAAUGAGACUGGAAUAUACAAGUAAAGUAAUUUUUUUAAAGGGUUACUAUAGGUAUCGAAACAACUUUAGCUUAAAGGCAUUCUCUAGUGCCAGGAAAACAAACCCGUUUUCCUGGCACUGUAGAAUCCUGGAGUGCCCCCCUCCCUCCCACCCCCCAUCCGACGUUGCUGAGGGAGUUAAAACCUCUUCAGACACUUACCUGAGUCAGGCUCCACCCACGCUCCUCCCCCGCCUACGUCCAGCGGCGGGGGAGACCGCAUGCGCGGCAAUGGCCAUGCUUGCAUUAGGAUUUCCCCAUAGGUAAGCAUUAUACAAUGCUUUCCAAUAGGGAUUCCGGCACGCUGGAUAUCCUCAUGCAUAACGUGAAGACGUCCAACAUCGUUUAGACAAAGUGCCUCUAGACAGCCACGAGAGGAGGACUUACCCUGCAAGAUAAUUAUUGCAGUUUACAAAAACUGCAAUAAUUAUACUUGCAGGGUUAAGGGUGAUGGGAGUUGGCACCCAAACCACUUCACUGGGCUGAAGUGGUCUGGUUGCCUACAGUAUCCCUUUAAUAAAGCAGUUUGGCUGUAUAGAUCAUACCCCUCCUGUAUCAUUGAUCAUUUGUCUGCCAUUUAGGAGAUGCAUCACUUUUGUUUUUGACCAUGCAGCUCUAACCACAUCUCCCCUGUCUGUGGCUGAGACAGGCUGCAUGAAAAAAAGGUUUCAUGUUAUAUCUGCUGUUAAAUUACUUUAGAGGUUUUUAUCUCCUGUUCUGUAAUGAGACAGCCACUAGAGGCUUUAAAGGGGGAAGGCUUAACCCAUUCAUAAACAUAGCAGUUUCUCUGAAACUGCUAUGUUUAUUAAAAAAUGGGUUAACCCUAGCUGGACCUGGCACCCAGACCACUUCAUUAAGCUGAAGUGGUCUGGGUGCCUAGAGUGGUCCUUUAAACAGUCUGUGCAAUAAAGGAAUCGAGAAUAUCUAGGUACCUUUUCAGGAAGUGUUUAGGGAGGCUGUUCAAGUCACAUGCAGGGUGACUAAGUGAUUUAACUCCUAAAUAGCAGAGAAUUGACCAUUGAGACUGCAGGGGCAUGUCUACACCAAAACUGAUUAAUUAAACCAAAGUUGUGUUGGUGCCUAUAGUAUCCUUUUAAUGUUCUAUAAAUCAUCUGUCGUAGAAUGUAUUAACCACAAUUUAAAAAAAAAAAGGGGGGAAAGGAAAAUAAAACGUGAGGUUGCAAGUUGUAGAAAAAUGUGAAGUUGACAUCAGAAACAACAGCAUUACAUACAAAAUAACAUGAUUUUAAAGGAGCAGUCUAAGAACCACAUCCAAAGCACCCUGCUUUAGAGUUAAUGGUGGUAGUAGGCUUCAGGUGUAGACCCUGAGUUCCUAAUCAAACCACUUUCUAGCAGAUUGGUGAAAUCCUGGGGGACACCUGUGUCACUACAACGGCAUAUAGUGUCUAUGGUGAUCAUACUGCAUGGGAAAUCUAAAUCUGUUUAGUUCAUGAUCCUAAUUUUGUGUUGUAAUGGAAAUAGUUUGUAAUGUUUUACCAUUUGUUUACAGGCAGUAUUCAAGGACUUUACAGAUUCAAACACAUAUAUUUUUAUUGGAAAGUUAAGAUUGCACUCUGAUUUGAGUCCUCCUGAGUCCAAAUUACCUUGCAGACUCUAAAGCUGUGCUUUCAUUUUUGGUAAAUAUUGAAACUAUAAUUGUUUAUUUUGAACCAAAUGAUAUCUCCAUUUUGCAGAAAGAAAACAGCAGUAAUUGGCUAGGGACAGAAGAUGAACCUCUUACUGGCUUCUCCUGGAAAGGAGGAUCAGAACCAGAUACGACAGGUAUUCAGAUCUGGAGUGAGGUCUUCACCAUGAGAAAGCCAGAUGGCAAGGAGGUAAGACUCUCCAGUUUACUGGGUAACAGUUGUUGAAACACGUUGAAUGCUCUAUUGAAUUGCAUAGCCAGAUUGUAGCGCUCUGAUUUGCCUAUAUAGCUUAAUUAUGGUCUUUCUUGGUUAGGUUGCUGUGGUUCUUAUGGACACACAAGGAGCAUUCGACAGCCAGUCCACAGUGAAGGAUUGUGCCACUAUCUUUGCUCUCAGCACAAUGACAAGCUCUAUCCAGGUGAGAACCUUUUUACACCAGAACCUUUCCAGGUUUCUGUACAAUUUAACACUGUCAACACAAACAAAUUGUUCCUUCUACCUCCCAUACCCACAUAACCUUCUUCAAAGCAGUAUCUGCAGAUCUGUUAUCUUCAGAGAUUAUCUUGCUUUAGGGAGUGCUGCCACUGGCUUCUUAACUUAAAUGUGUACUUUGCUUCUACAAUAGUACCUUUUUCAACAGUAACAAAGCCUUUUUUCCCUCAUUCUUCUAAGCACCCCAUUUUUCACCUCUGUUAACACUUCAAUUGCUGGGAUAAUGGAACAAAAAAAUUACUUCCACAGAAAUUUCACUUUAAAGGGACCAUUGUAUUCCAAAACAACUACAUCUCAAUGAAGUUAUGGGGGUUGGAAAACUUGCCUUACAGGUUUAAAUCCCAAAUGUGUGUUGCUGGGGCACUCAUCUGCACUGAUUCCUUUCUUCCUCUCUGUUAAGCUGAAAUAGUUUUGGGGCAGAGCAUCCCUUUAAUUUAAAUAUUUAAUCUUUCAACCUCAAAAUCAAUCUCCCCAAUCCUAUCCCUUCCCUUACUCUCUUAAUUUUCCACCUCUUAAGCACCUCAUUCUCUAACUGUGUUUUACAUCUUUCUUCAAACAAAUUAAUUUACACCUGUCCUGUAAUAAGCAACACUUGAAUCUUCCAACAUUAUUAACUCAUUUCAGUAUUCUUCCUAAUGAAUUACAAAAUCUUCCGCCUGUCUCCAUAAAAUCCAUACCAUUUAAAUAUUUUCCUCUUUCCGGCCUUCUUAACUUCCUUAGAAAUCUUUCACUUUUAAGUGAUGCAUAAUGUCCCAGUCUUUGCUCUCUCAAUAAGCAAAAAUCAGGUACUAUAUAUUAGUUGAACAAAGUGAUGUAAUAGUUGCCCAAGUAACUUUAUUUGACAAUUGUUAUUUUGUGAAACACGUUUUAACAUUGAAACAAAAAUAAUAGCCAUUGGAAUGACCGGUACUCUCUGAACACUACAUUAUAGUGAAAAGGAUUAUACCCAAAGUAGCAUCUCCUCUGUCGAUAUAUCAGUACAGAAAUUACAAGGAAAUGGAAAAAUUAAGUGCUCCAUUGUGUAGUAUAGAAAAUGGAGAGGUAAUGGUUACUUCUGAGAAAUAACUAAUGAAGAACAUAUAUUGUAUGGAAGGUGAGCUGCCCAAGUAACAAUUGGCAGGUCUAGAAAGCAAGCUUAAUGUUGCCACUUGGACUCCUAUACCUCUCACACAGCUUACCAACAGCUACCUCUUAUACAGGUAUAUUUGGGUGCUUCCUACAUGCCGGCAAAUCAUCUGUUUUUGAUCUUUAAUUCUCCUCAUCUCUUCCAAAAGCACCCAUUGCAACGUUGUCAUUUACACUUUGUCAGCUUUGCUUUAAAGAUCAAUAAAUCUCUGUCUGUGCCCCGUAUCUUAUUUAACACACCUCUAGUGACAUUUCACUGUAUCGCUCAAAAUAUUUUUCUACCUGACUUUUUCCCUAUAUUAUCCCACUUUAAAAUUAACCAUUCUCCCAGGAAUAUAAUUCGAUGUCACAGCACGUCGUGGUACAAGUCAGUGAUAAUUUGUUAGAGCUCUGGUUGACACUCUUUUUCUCAUUCAUAUAAACUUAAACUACAAACAGACACUGUAAAUAGUUCUCCAUUUCAGGAAAACAAGAUGACUUUCUUUAGUUUAAAUAGCUACUGCAAGUCAUUUUCUUUUUCUUAUACUUCUAUCCAAUUCGCGUAAUGUGCCCACUUACACACACAACUGUAGUAUGGGUCUCACCUCCCCACAAGUCUAUCUUUAUUAGUCUAUAAUUGCCUUCUCUUACUCCAUGUUUUUUUACCCACAGAUCUACAAUUUAUCUCAGAAUAUACAGGAGGAUGAUCUGCAGCAGCUACAGGUCAAUAUUUGUGUAUCUCUCAUACAAAGAAAAACUCCCAGAGUAUAAAAUGGAUGUAUAAGUCCAUAGACACUCCUUUUACAGCAUCCUCGCUCUUUGAUUUAAUACAUGCCCUCAUAUGCAGGGUUCCAUGAGGGGACAGUAGAAACCCUCAGAGGUUUUGAUCAUAACCAAGUGCAAUUCCUGGAUAAGCCAAUAAGCUGUUUUGACUCCCACUGACAUCAAGCAGGAAUCUGAAUAAUUUGUAUGACAACAACCAUUCUCCCAUAUAAAACAGGUUGGGGGUACACAAUUCCAUUUAAGAAGGGUCCAACAAGGCGCCCUUACAAUUAUAAACUAAUGUUGGGUCUUCUAACUCCUUUCAUCAUCCCAUGUGUUGGGAAUAAAUGGUAUAGACAGUGCAGGACAAUGAACAUUCUUCUAUUGCACUGACGCUGAAGGUUUCCUGGCCACAUACAGAAAUGAUAGACCGUGUGCAUAUGUAUAAAUGGUUUUUUUGUUUUGUUUUUUAUCCUGUAAAAGUUUGGUGUUAUUUUUCUAGUUCUUCACUCCCCUGUUUGAUUGGCCAUGUCUUUUCCAAUUUCACUAGGAGAGAUAUUCAUGCAAAGAUCAUUGUGGGCACUCCCUGUAAAGUACACAUAGCAGAAGAUGAUUUUAAAGCAUUGUGCAUAAUAUCAUUACUUCUCAAUAUGACCCUGUCUAGAUAGGAAAAAAAUAAAUAACAGAAAAUGGCCAGAGAGGGCAUAUUAAAAUAUAAAACAUAUUCAAUGCACAUUAAGUAGUGUAAGUGUUUUAUAAUCAAAUUCACAAUCCCUGCACAAACCUGUACCUAAUUUUUUUAUUUUUUGAUAUUUGAAACAUAUGCUGACUAUUUUUCUAUUGUAAUUGUUGUCAAUUUCAAAAACGACAAAAAAUGUAAAAAAAAUAAUAAUAAUAAUAUAUAUAUAUAUAUAUAUAUAUAUAUAUAUAUAUAUAUAAUGUAUUAAGAUAUCCCUUAUAUUUUUCCAUUUCAGCUUUUUACAGAGUAUGGGCGUUUGGCUAUGGAUGAGAUCUUUCUGAAACCCUUUCAGGUAAUAUAUUCAGAUGCAGGUUCUUUUGAUAGAAUAGUAGAAAGGUGCGUGUUGAUCACUUCAUGACAAUUGGUUUUACGACCAGACAUGGCAUGUUAAUUAAAUUAACACAUACAGUGUCGUUCAUGGAUGACAUUACUGGACAAAUGCCCAAACACAUGUACAAUAAUAUGACAUUUCUCUGUAGAUGCACAAAUGUACAUGUGUACACCCUAGGCAUCAAGGGGCGGCAACGCCACCCUGAAUAUGGAAGAGCACAAAGGGAAGUAUGUAUAAUAUAUUAUAUUAUUACAUAUAUAAUAUAUACAUUUUUACCACUGCUGCAUGAUUCACCCCAGUAAACCAUUCAGUUACAUUUACUGGAGUGAGUGUUUGGGUGAGCUAAGCCUUUGAAUGACAUGCCUCACAGAUAAUUGUUUACUAGUCAUUAGACAUUUUUGGCAUGGUACUACCUUGGUACUUUGUUGCACUGACUCAAAACCUAGUUCAGUCUGUCAUUAGCCAUAUAAGAUACAGUGCAUUAAGAACAUAUUCAGUGCACUUCAUAUUUUUCACAUUUUUUUCAUGUUGCAGUCUUAUACAACAAUUGUUUAACUUAUUAAUAUCAUUAUUUUCAUAUCAAUCUACACGUAAUACAUCAUGCUUUGUGGAUGUUUUUUAGUAGCAGAGACUGGGAGGCUUUAUUAGGGUUGAGGGGAGGAACAACACAAAAUACAGAGAUAUUCUUAAUAUAAACCUGGUCUAGAGUGCUCAGGACCUCAUACUGGGCCGAAGAUCACAUUCCUUCAGGAUAAUGACCCUAGGCACACAGCUAAGACAACACAAGAGUGGCUUGGGGUCAACUCUGUGAAUGUUCUUGAGUGGUCCAGACUUGAACCUAAACAAGCAUCUCUGGGAAGACCUGAAAGCGGCUGUCCACCGAUGGUCCCAAUUCAUCCUGGCUGAGAUUGAGCGUGCAUGCAGAGAUGAAUGGCAGAAACUAUACAAAUCCAGGUGUGCAAAGUUUGUCAAAUCAUACCCAAAAACAAUUAAAAACUGAUACCGCCGGUGCUGAGUUUAAGGGUCUGAAUACUUAUGUCUUAUGUCUAUUUGAUAUUUUAGUUUUUUAUGCAGUGUAAAAGUGUCAAAUAAUAGGGUGUUUCCCAGGGUUAUAAGCAACAUGUUUGCAGAAAUGAGAUCUAUUGUGUCCAAUGUUAGGCUUAAUAAGUGUAUUUUCGUGAGGAGCUCCAGCACAAUGCGAUUGUCUCGGUCGGCUGUCAGGCACCGUCCUGACACCCUCGCCCCCAAAAAACAUUUUUGCUUUGUCUUUAGUAUUCAGUGUAAGUUAAUGUGAAAGAAAUGUAAACAGUUGUAGCAUGAGGCUACAACAUAAAAAGUGAAAGAAUAGAAUGCAUUGUAUUUUGAUGUAAUUUAAAUUUUGCUGUAGUAGGGAGCUAAACUUUUUAAAUUUGAAUACGUUUCAUUGAAAUUCUUUUUUUUUCUUUCUUCUUUUUCUUUAAACAAGACUUUUAUUUAGGUCACAUUUAUUUAGCAUGAAUUUAAUUAUGUGCAUGUUGAAUUCCACUCCCUACAGACUCUGAUGUUUUUGAUUAGAGACUGGAGCUUUCCUUAUGAAUACCAUUAUGGAGCAAAAGGAGGGAUGAAAUUCCUAGAGAAGAGGUUAAAGGUAAAGUGUGUGUGUGUGUGUGUCUGCGCACGAGCAGUAUGAUAUACAAGUAUAUUAGUUUUUUGUGUUUUUAAAGUACAAAUUUCAUAAAGUAUCAUGACCCAAUGUGCAAAUUCUAAUUUUAGACAAGUAGUGCAACGUUGGCAGCUCCCACCAUUAAUUUUCUUAAUCAUAAUUUUCAGUCAGCCAAUAGACCACCGCUGUAUGUCACACUUUCUACAAUAUCAUUAAACAAUCUAGUAGAAUAACAUCUGUAAAGGAAGGAUACGGUUAUUUUAUGUGUGUGUGUGAGUGAGAACAUUGCCAGAUAAAGAUGACAUUUGAUUGUAGAAUAAAAGAUGGAAGAUGAUAACUUAGGAGACGUCAGUGAGUUGCUCAUUUUAAGCAAAUUUCUGGGUAUUAAAAUAUUUCUGCUUAUGUUUAAACAUACUACCUGCUCUCAAGGUGGAUAUGAGGGGAGCUCUUCAUACCACAGCAGUGCUUUUAAAUCUUAGCAGAAGUAGCUCUUAAUGUGUGUGUGGAGGGGUGGGGGAGCAGAUGUAUUAGUUUGGGUGGGUACAAGGAAUUUCACUGCCCUAGGCAAAAAUCUGGUUUUGUUGCCCUCUUGUGUAUCCCGAAUCUCCCUUCACACUACUCUUUUUCCCUUUCUAGUUUCUCUCUGUGCCAGCCAGUGCUCUUACUUUUUAGUAAGAUUCUAUCUGACUCAUUCUACCCUUUCUGUCUUUUUUUUUUUCUCUGCAAGUUUCUCUUUCUCCUUUGCCAUUUUCAUUUUAACCGCAUUUCCCACUUUCUCCACACCACUCAUUGUGUGCCUCAAAGCAAAAACAGAGUGUAUGAGAAUGGGCAAAAACUCAGAAACGCUCAAAAGCUUGCUCAGGUCUCCAUAAUGGUUUUUGUCACUUUGUGAAAUUACAGAGAGAACCUAUACUAUUUGCACUGAAUGUGUGUUUAUGGGAAAGGCAGUGUAUAUAUAGGUGAGGGAGGCUGUUUGUGUGCGUGUUUCUGUGUGUUAUCAUGAAGGGCUCUGUGUGUAUAUGUGGGAAUGGCUGUAUGCGUGAGGAGAGAUUGUGUGUGUGUGUGUGUGUGUGUAUUUGUGGGAGAGGCUUUGUGUAUGCGUGAGAGGUGGUGUGUGGGUGGGGAGAGACAUGUAUGUGUGGGUUGUGUAUCUUGUGUGUGGUAGGGCUAUGUGAUUUGAAGAACAUAUGUGAUGAUGUUGAUGCUGCCAUAUCUACAUCAAGUUUCAAACUUUCAUAUCCUAUGUUACUAGAAAGGCCUAAAAGUUUAUCAUCACUGCAAAUUUAGAGGGUACAUGGCACACUCACCAGGAGUGAAAUUCUAUUUAGCAGGCCUGCAUUUUCCCUCACCAAUGGCUAGCGGGCAAGGGCAAAUUUUGAGCCUUUUAUGCAUCAUAAAUUGUAGUUGAAUGUUGCACUUUUUCAUAGCUGUGUAUUUUUGUUGCUGUUUGUAGCUGACUAACAGGGUUAUUCACUAAUUCCAGAUUUUAGCAGAUUAAUUCAAUUUUGUAAAAUUGAGGCUUAAAUAGACAAGCUGCAAGUUUGAUAUAUUUGCCAGUGUCAGGAUGGACACGCAGAACUUAAGUGAACAAAAUACAAACCGGAAUACUAAAAUGUAUUACAGGGCAUUAGAGUGGCCAGACUUAACACUAUAUUGAGUAUUACAAGACAGACCACGUUCAGGGAGACAGAGACUUCGUAAACAAAUAGACAAGCCAUAGUUCAAAGAUAAUAGAAUGGAGAAUGGUCAAGAUACAAGCCGGGGUGAGAUAGCUUAGAUGCAGCUAUAGUAAACGCACUCUUGGAUAACCACGACAGGGUACAGUAUAGCGGCCUCAAUGAACUUAUAUAGCCAUAGGAGGGCAGUGGUUGACGUCAGAAUGUGCAUGCGCGAUGUCUGCACGCAAAUCCGCAUCAUUAAUCGGGUCAAGGAAGACAGAGCCAUAUAAGGGCUUGGAUUCGAAGUGGCCUGCGUCAGGAAGAAUGCCGGAGGAAAGUGCGGCACAGAGGGAGGAGACAGAGCGGAUGUGCCACUCGGGUCAGCUACUUGUGCCUAAAGUUUACAAUUUGGAUGUAAUUUGCUAAAAUUCUGAGUUUUUUGAAUAACCCUGUAUUUGUUUGGGGUGGAAAUUUGAUUUUUGUUUACUGUAUGUGUGUUUAACAGGUGAAAGAACAUCAACAUGAAGAGAUACAAAAUGUCCGUAAACACAUUCAAACAUGUUUCACCAAUGUGAGCUGUUUUUUACUUCCACAUCCUGGACUCAAGGUGGCAACCAGUCCUCAGUUUGAUGGCCGUCUGAAAGGUUUGUUAUUAGACUCUCUAAAUGUCAGAAUUGUUAACUCCUACGUCACAUCUGUCUAUGCUAAUCUGCAAUUACCUUGACAAAGUCAUAUUUCCAAUUAUAGUUUUUCACUUUUCAUAGCCACAGUUUGUUUACAUAAUCUUAUCUUUCCACAGAUAUUGCAGCAGAAUUUACUGAAGAACUCCGUGCCUUGGUUCCUCUUGUGUUGGGUCCUGAGAGCCUUAUAGAAAAAGAGAUUAAUGGUUCGAAGGUGACAUGUAGGGGUCUGCUUGAAUACUUUAAGGUGAGCAUUUGGUAUUAAUUAACAAUUGAAAGUAAGGAGAAUCUGCAAAGAAGGAAGGUUGUUUUCCUAGGUUACGAUAAAGAGCAGUACAAGUCAAAAAAUGUUAUACGUUUAUCCUUUUACCAAAUCUUUUAUGAAUAUCUAGUAGUUCAUUGUAUUUUAUUAUGUGAUGUGUAGGUGUAUAAAUCGAUAUUUCAGGUAUAAUUGCAAUAAAAAAAAUAGGAUUUUUAGAGGGUGGUGAGCAGGCAGCCGACGAAGAUGGCUGCUUGCAUAGGGGCUACGACCGACUCACAGGUUUCACAUCACUAAUUCUGCAGGUGUAGAGCUAUACAUGGGGAAACCAUACACACACUGCGGGCUUAGCCUAGUUGCAAGAGGCAUGCCAGCCGUCAAUCACUCCAUCUCUGCAGCAAUACCUGCGCAACACGAUGGACCUCGCAUCACAACCCACGCACCUUGGAGACCGCCACCCUGCGUUCACCCUUAUCAUACUAAAGCGUGGAUUCCCCAGCAAGGACCACAGACUGGGUGGGCCUAAUCAAAGCCCUACCAAAACUACUAAAGCAGCCCUGAAGGAGGCAACUGCAUCACUACAGGCCUCAAUCCAUGCGGAGCUGCAGAUGGUGAGGAAUGAGUUACAGGACCUUACUUGGGAGGGUGGCCAAUAGUGAUGCAGUUGCCUCCUUCAGGUCUGCUUUAGUAGUUUUGGUAGGGCUUUGAUUAGGGCCAUCCACUUUGUAACACCAUGGAGUGCUAAACUUCGCAGCUUCUGCAGAUGGUCUUGCACAUUGAAGAUCUUAGAUAAUAGAGGCGGGGCCAGAACCUCCACCUGUGGGGCUUACCAAAAAGGGAGGAAUCUAGAGAACAACUGUGCACAAUACUUAACACAGGACCUGUUUUUAAAGUCAGCAAUGCGGACCCUGUCAAGCUUUGCUUAAGGGUGUCUAGUCUUGAGGGAUGACCUUUAAGGGACAUUAGAGUCACCAGAACAACUACAGCUUAAUGUAGUUGUUCUGGUGAGUAUGCUCAUUCCCUGCAGGUAUUUUUAUGUAAACACUACCUUUUCAGAAUGGCCACUGGAGGUGCUUCCUGAGGCAGUGCUGCAUAGUGCUGCACAGAAAUUUCCCCAAACAGAUGCAUUGAAUUAAUGCAUUUCUAUGAAGAAGUGCUGAUUGGCCAAGCUGGCAUUUGGCCCUCCCCUGUUCUGGCUCGUUGCCGAUUUUUCCAUAUGGGAAAGCAUGGGUUCUGAUUAUGUCAACAAGGUGGAGCCAGAGCCGGCAAACCCGCACAGCGCUCUAAAUAAGGUAAGUUUUAUUAUCUUUUAAAGGAGUUAACAGGGAGCAAGCCACUGGAGCCCAUGUUGCAUAUCUCUAUGGGAACCUCUUUGGUUCCUCGACUCAUCCUAAAGAUCAUAUAAACCUUUUUCUGUGAGCAAACUCUAGUUGACUGUUGGACAGCCCUAUACAUAGACGUGAAGGAUUAUACAUUUUACUUAAUUCCGAAUAAAACUUUCUCCUGAUUGGACUACCUCUUUAUCCAACAUUACUACCUGACAGAGCUACAAUAGCUUCAAAUUGGAAAUAACACCUGGUCUGAUCAUGCUCCAAUCCUCGUGACAUUUGUCUCGCCCUUGUACAGGCGCACCAGGGUUAAUUGGAAACUUUAUGAGUCUCACCUCUUGGAUCCCCUGAUGGUACAGGAGCCCCAGAUGAGACUUUUCCAAUAUUUCUAGGACAAUAAUAGGGAAAACACUUUGCUUUUCUGCAUUUGGGAGGCACAUAAAUGCGUGGGUCAGGGUUUAUUCAACUCUAAAGCGGACCAAGAACGCACACAUUUCCUGAUAUAUUGCAGGAAAUUCGGCACCUGGAAAAGCACCACAAUUAUUCCCAGAAUUCCUCAACCUGGCAACAUCUGGCUUUAGCUAGACAAGAACUUUCUAAACUGCUCAGUAUUAACUACCACAGUGCCCUAUUGCAGACAAAAUCCUUCUUCUUUUCUAAUGCUAACAAAUGUGGGACACUUUUGGCCCGCAUGAUCAGUAAACAGAAGGCAACCGCAUAUAUUCACAGAAUCCGCACAGUGGAGAGUAAACCACAAUAUUUACCUGACCAAAGAGUGACAGUGAUCUCAGGUUCUGGUAUAACCCCUUACAGAGGGAGAGCUGGCACCUUGAAUCCUCCAAGACUGGGAAAUGUUCUGGACCAGUCAGCCUCCCUUUGAGGUACUAUAAACAGAUACACUACUCCCUCGCUUACUAAAAACGUUUAACUCCAUCCGAGAGGACUCCGGAGUUGGAAGAUAUAUUAUUAUAUGUAGAAAAAGAAGGUUUAAUCUUCUAGACCAGUACUAUAGUUGCCCCACAUAACCUUAUUUUCUUGUUUUUAUUCUUUGGUGAUUGACAAUUAAAACUAAAAACACAAAAGCAGUGGAUUCAGGAAACACUAUAUAAUGUCAUUUAUUGUAGUCACCUUCAUUUUUGUGUAUGAUUUCAGGAUAAUGUGGUGCUGAUGGUAUAAAGUCUCAUUGUUAUUGGCAUAUUUGUCUCAUGAAUAAUAAUAUUGGGUUUUUUCAUCAUUAGGCCUACAUUAAAAUAUACCAAGGGGAAGAUUUACCUCAUCCUAAAUCUAUGCUGCAGGUAUGGUCAUUAUAUCCAUGUUAAGUGUAAUCUGCUAGUUGUACUCAGAAAAUACACAUGAUUCCAAUCUCUCUUCACCCUUAGGCCACUGCCGAAGCCAAUAAUCUGGCUGCUGUAGCUUCAGCUAAAGAUUUGUACAACAAUCGCAUGGAGCAGGUAAGAUCUCCUGAGAAGCAUUUUUUAUCUUUCUCCAAACACUACAUUAUCCGUCCAUUAUGAUUAAUCAUGCAGUUUCCCUACUUUUAUGUGGUUUCCUACCAUCUUUAUUUUUUCUUCUGCAUGUAAAUGGAUAUUCUAAGCACCAUAGACACUGCCACACACUGUAAUGGUCUGUUACGUCAGUGAGUGUAACCCGUGUGGUUUAGGUUGUGGGCAGUAGGUAAAACUCACAGUGCAGCUGGUCUAUGGAUUGUCAGAUGCACAACACUGCUCAAUUGGAACAGAGCUCAAAUUUAAGAUUUCAUAAUGUAGGAUAUUCUUAUGCUCAGUUGAACGCUAAUUUGCUUGAAUUGUCCAGUGCAUUUGACUAUUUAUAGAUAGUAUAGUCUCUCUAGCAUAGCUUAAUAUUUGUGCUAUGUUCUAUUUUGUAUUACAGAUGUACCAGCACAAUUUCAUUCAUUUUGGCCUCAUUCCUGCCUUUUGGGGGUUUUUUUUAUUGUUUUUUUAAAUAAUUUUUUUGCCUCCAUGUUCAAAUUUGCUUGCAGAUAAAAAAAAUAACAUUUUCAGUUUUCUGCAGCAUACUUAGCCCUAUAUCCAAGCUUUUUCUUUUUAAAAAUAAAUGAAUGAAUACAUCAUUGUGUAUGUACUCUGCUCAGCCAGUCAGAGCUUGUAUGCCACACUUGAAACAUCUGCAUUGCUCUGUUCUAGUUUGCACUUUAUUGAUGUAACAUCAGUAAGAUCCUACUUACCUCUAGAAAUACAAGUCAAUAUAAUAGUGAGAGCACACAAAUUUGAACACAUAGGUGAAAGUAGCACCAAAUUUCAACAUCCUUAACUAUCCUAAAUUUAUUGAAAUGUGUGUUUUUCCAAUUUUACAUUUACCAUGUCUCGUUCUACUGUGCUGUAUAUCAGAUUAUACAGUGGGCGUAUGAGUUUCCUUUAUAAGAAAAAAAAAAAUAUCUUGACUGAAUGAGAGGUGAGUAAAUAUAAUGUCUUGAAUCAACAAGUAAAAUAUGAAUAAAGUGAAUCUGUAUAAAGGGAUAUUCCCAGGUGCAGCUCUCCAAAUACAAAGGUCAGUCAAUAAAAGAGGGGCCUUUUUAGGUCAAGCAUGAUCGUCUCCAUAAACAUACAUCAAAACCUUUUACGUUUCGGCCUAAUUCUCCUCUAUUUGAAUGUAAUUUGAUACCAAUAAUUAUUUAGUCCCAUUUUGAGUACACUUACUGGAAACUAUGCAUAUUUUGCAACUGAUAGGGAUUUCACAUUGUAUAACUGUAGUGAAAUUUUUUAGACACAGGACAUUGAAAAACACAUUUUACAGCGAUCAAAACUUUUGAAGUAUUUUAGCAGCAGAGUCAUCUGAAAUAAUAAGUUUUAAGUACAUUUUUUAAGCAGUGCAAACUAUGGGUAGGCCUUAUGGGAGGAGACAAGCUGAAAUAAUAUAGGUGUUAAUAAGCAUUAUUAGUGCAAACACAGGCCAAGCAAAGGUCAGUGGCAGAACAGAGAGGAAUGUAUAGACAAAUAAUCUUUUUUUUUCGUAAAAUUAAUCAUAAAAGGAACGGGAGAGGUGGUGUGAGAGAAAUGACGAUAAGGGAUAAUACGUCUGGCAUGUGCCUUUAAGGACAGUAGAGGGCAAUAUGUGUUCUGGAGAGAGUUACAGUAAUCAACGUGGGGAAUUGUGAGCAAGCUCCUUAGUAGUAUCUUGAGUAAGAAAUUAUCAACAUGAGCAAAUGAUUUGGUGACAGACUGGAUAUGGUGUGUAGAGGUGAGACCAAAUCCAAAGAUAAUAAAGGUACAAGAUUGCCUGGGUUUCUGAGGUUAGUAUAGGUGGAGUGCGGUGGGGGACGGACCACUGUUUGAAAAGAUGUCACCAGCUGCCAGAUUCAGAAGGAUGAGUAGUAGGAGAAGAUUGCAAUAGGAUUUAAAUGUAUGAGCUAAAUGCUGGGGUUGGGAUGGAGAGACAGGAUAGUGAAAGGACAUAUGUGUAAUAAGGGCAGGUAUAAAACCGAAAGAAGUAAGUAUAUUAGGAAUGAGAGCCAAGAAGGUGAAAGUGAAAAAUAGAAAGUUGAGUAAUAUAAAGAUGAGGAAGGUAAAUUACAAUGUGGGAGGUGCUAACAUAGAAAUUGAAAUGGUUAAGUUAAGAUUAAUGAAGCGAUGGGCUGCAUCCUCUGCAUUGGUUUGGAUGCAAAUAUUUUCAAUAUUUAAUCCUGGGCAAAACCUUACAGUAAUCAGAGGAAGCCAAAAAGGGGCCAGGUGACCAACCCAGGCAAUACCUUAACCUUUAUGAAUACCAUAUGUUAAAAAAACAUGCAUCAGUGUACACCUUAAAGGGGAACACACACAAAUAGAAGUUGCCUACUGAAUAAAACAUGGAACAGGCAAAGUAUUUGCUAUCUCAGUCUUUACUUAGACCUUUAUAUACUAAAUAUUUAAAAAAAACGCGAAUGUACCAAAUACCCUAUGGUGAAAAAACAAACAAACAAACCCAUGUAAAUGUCUCUGGAUGAGCAGGUUCAACUGCUACAAUAUCUUAACGGGUUUGUAAACUUAAAAGUGCAUGUAAUAAAGAUGUCAUCCCUUCCCUUACUAAUCGUUACAAGGGGUUACUAGUGCGAAGAUCACAAGCUGAGAAAGAAAUGGGAACAUAAUCAAAUUGUAGUAGCUGUAACGCUUAUGACCUAGCAACUGUCCAGGUAUUUUUCAGUAUCUCCAUUGGAAUAAAAAAGGAGAGUGGGUGCACUACAGCUCCUACUAAUCUAGGGAGGCUUGCAUGGUACGGAUUGAAUACUUCGUUUCCACUCUUGUGGAUACAAUUAAUCUAAAAAAAUAUCACUUAGUUUCCUAGAUGUAGAUACAUAGAUUAGUUACCACCUAACAAUUUCUGCUAUUUAUGAACUAUUUCAGCUAGCCUAACGUCUGAUAUCUCUUUCGGUUAUAUCAAAUUACAAAAGGGAUUUUUCAGUAUGUGAUCUGAUCUGUUAACAUUAUAUUUAGCUUGUGGGCUUUGCAGAUGGAUACAUGGUUACAUAAAGAGACAUGCAUCCAUCAAGUUCGGCCUUUCUCACAUAUGUUUUGCUAUUGAUCCAAAAGAAGGCAAUAACCCAGUUUGAAGCCUUUUCCAAUUUUUUAAAAAUACUUGGAUAAAACUCCAUCUUGACCCCAUAAUGGCAGUCCGAUCUCCUUAUACAUUGUGUACCUAUAACGUUACAGCUAUUGCAAUUUGAUUACUUUCCCUCUCAUUUAUCAACUUGUGAUCUUUGCACUAGUAACCCCUUGUAACGAUUAGUAAAGGAUCUCUUUAUUACGUUUUUAAUUUGACAAACCGUUUAAGAUAUUGUAGCAGUUGAACCUGCCCAUCCUGAGAUUGGGUUUGUUUCUUUUUCAUUAUAGGGUAUUUGGCACAUUCGUGUUUUUUUUUUUUUUAUCUUUUUUGUAUAUAAAAGUCUAAAUAAAGAUUGAGAUCGCAAAUACCUUGCCUUUUCUAUGUUUUAUUCAGUAGGCAAAUUUUUCUACAGCUAUAACUACAAAUAUAAAAAGUCCAAUGCCACUAGACAUGCAUGAAAGUUACUUGCCACUGAAUGCCUGAAGGGUCUAUGGCACACUCUUCAGAGGUAACUUGACAAAGGUCUCAAUGCGAGACCGACAUGUUGCUUGUGUACUACCCAAAGAAAGCUGCAUGAGUUAGAUCAGGCCUCCCCAAACUCCAGCCCUCCGGAUGUUGCUGAACUACAACUCACAUGAUUCUAUCAAUGAAAUAGGCUGAGAAUCAUGGGAGUUGUAGUUCAGCAACAUCUGGAUGGCUGGAGUUUGGGAUAGCUUCAGUUAGAUGUUGUUUGAACUAAGGGAUGCAUUAAAUCCUGUGCCUAUUCCAGUUUGUGCGCACCGACUUGGGCUAUGUAUGGAUGAGUGCAUUCCUUAUCUUCUGUUUCUGCUCUUCGGAGAUUAACCCUCUUACUCGUGACAUCCAGUCUCUUGGAGCUCUCUGCAGUUAAAGGUUGAAAUAACAAGACAAAAUAUACAAAAAGUAUAUAGUUGUGUAGGCGCUUCCAACCUUAAAUGCAAACAAUAUGAGUGAGUGUGAAAAAAGGUGUAAUCCCUUAACACCCAAAGACAAAAUAGAAAGAUAAAUAGAUAGAUUCACACACACUCAAAAAAAAGGUAUAUACAAGAUAUAUACAUAAAUAGGUAUACCACCUAUUGUAGACGUAAGUAUGUUGGUUACAUCUGAAAAUUAAAUGGAACAUACAUAGUGCUUUCCAUAUAAAUUAAAAUAAACAAGUUAUAAUAUAUGUGGAUUGAACUCACAAAAGUGGAGCCUCAUAGGCUCUAUGCACAUCACUCUUGGGUGCCUAUUCAGGCUCUCGAUAGAUUCCUGUUGGAAGAACUCGAGGUCCACAGUAGUAGAUGUAGAUACAAAUUUAUUGAAAUAAAAGUCCAGUACUGGACUUCUCUAUUGGGACUUUUUUCUGGCGGUAUUUUCUUAUUGUUUAUAUAUUGUAGUGUUCCACUGCUUUAAAGUUUUGGCCAUAUUUGCGGUGCAAUACUGUAUUAUAUUUCAUGAUUAUACCUGCCUUGUCCCUAGUUAUUUAUAUAUUUUAUUUCAAUAUUUUAUUUCAAUAAAUUUGUAUCUACAUCUACUACUGUGGACCUCGAGUUCUUCCAACAGGAAUCUAUCGAGAGCCUGAAUAGGCACCCAAGAGUGAUGUGCAUAGAGCCUAUGAGGCUCCACUUUUGUGAGUUCAAUCCACAUAUAUUAUAACUUGUUUAUUUUAAAUUUUUUUUUUAAAUUCUUUAUUUUUGCAGUGCAUUUGGAAUAACAUAUGUGCACGGGGUACCCCAAAGGCAAUCCGCAUGCUUUGCAAACAUCAAGAACAAUGGAGUAUACAUUGGUACUUGCACAAUUUUUAGUUAGGAGAUGAAGUCGUGUUUAACAUAGAUUAGUAGCAGAUAGUAUCUGUUAAUCAUAGCUUAUUUAGAAGCGUUCACUGUUAGACAUGCAUAACUUUGGGUACAUAAUGUUUGGCAACUAUUCGAGGGUUCAAGACAGGCUAAACCAACUGCGAGGGGUUAAUAGAACUGGUAUAGGUUUGAGUGCUAUGGGACGAAUAAAACUAUGGUGAGGUGGCAUACUUUUGGUUAGGUUUGUAUAUGGCUAGAACUUUGGGAUGCUAUGCAAUAUACGCUUAUUUAAGUAGACCAAUACCCCAUUAUGCUCCCUGUAUUUUCCCUGUCUCACAAUGGGUCUGAGCUGCUUGCUCUUGGGUUUAAAUUGCACUCUAGUCUGGAGCUGCAGUGGGGUGACCACAGUAAAGGGGUGCUAAACCAUUAAAACAGCAUAUUAAGAUAUGGAGAUAACGUAUUGCUUAUUUCUGGGCUGUCAACUUGCUCACCCUAGGGGGCCCCCUUGGAGUGGUAGAUAAAGGCAUUAUCAAUCGAGAGUCAAGAAAAAGGAGAAGAGAUAUAUCAGCUAUCAGGACUGCUGGUAUAAUCACAUGAAAAGAACAAUAACUAAAAAUAAAAAUAAAAAGUAAAUAAAAAAUAAAAAUCAAAUCAGCAUUCCGAAGAAAAACAUAUUUGGUCAAUAAUAAUUCCCAAAGAAUUCCGCUUGUCAGCUCAGCUUAGCCUAUGCCUGUGAGGGGCAGGUCACGGUCCAGUCUUUGGGAAAGAUGUGGUCCCACAGCUCCCCGUUGUCUGUGCCCCUGGAUCUCCGUUUGAGGUCGAUGAAUGUGCAGGAGUUGACGGGGUCUUUUGGGUGUACCUUGCUGCUGGCGUCGGGUCGCCCCCGGGGUGUUAGGUGCUUGGUAUGAGUGUUCAGCGUGCGUCCAGGAGUGUGGGUACAUGCUGCAGUGGUCAGAGACUUCAGAUGCCGCUGGGCGGUGAGUUGGUCGGGUGUGUGUGGCUAUUUUGUGCUGCCAUAUGUGGUUACUGUUGUUGGAGCCUAGGGAGCCGUUCCCCUCUCUCCCCCCUUCCGAACUCCCGCCUCUUCUCUGUCUGAGGGCCCUUCUGGGGACUCGGGUCGGGCAACCACUCAAGAGGCGUCGGGUGGCAGGACGAAUCCAUGCCGCCGCUUCUUUUCUCGCUUGUUUGAAGAGCCGGCGCCUAUUGCGGAGCCCAUACCAUAGGCUUGUGCAGAGACGUUCAAAGAAGUCCAGCGUGUGAACAGGUGGUUUGGUAGGGGAGCCUUUUGUCGCUUGUCGCGCCUGUGGCGCCAUCUUGUUUGGGCCUUGGCAGUCCCGUUUACCCGCAUGUGUUGUCGCUUGUUCGGGUCUUGCUGUGGGGGUAAUCGUCCCCAGCGAGGACCGGGAUAUCCCCCGCCGGUCCAGAGGGGAGGGUAGCUGGGCAUCUUGUAGUUCUCGCUUGCAAGCAGGUCCCUUGCCGGGCGAUCGGCCGCCUCCCCCAGGCUUCAGGCUCCGCUGCAGUUUAGGCCACAUGGCCGGUACAUGUGCUCGUGAGUCGCUGUGGUGCAUGACCUGUACCGUUUUGUUCCUCGUGUGGUUCUAUAUCGGUUUCUGGACUCCGUGGGCUGUUGGCUUAAUUCGGCUUGCCAGGAUUAUCGUUUUUGUGCCCUCCAGUGUAAGAGCUCUUAGAGAGCACGUCCGGCCAUUUUGGCUGUCAGGCCCCGCCCCCUUGUUUAUUUUAAUUUAUAUGGAAAGCACUAUGUAUGUUCCAUUUGUUUUUCAGAUGUAACCAACAUACUUACGUCUACAAUAGGUGGUAUACCUAUUUAUGUAUAUAUCUUGUAUAUACCUUUUUUUUUGAGUGUGUGUGAAUCUAUCUAUUUAUCUUUCUAAAGGUUGAAAUAAGCAAUAAUUUACCUGUUAAAGGAAGUUGUGCAAAACCACAAAUUUGUGAUAAAUGGUUUCAUAUCUUACCACUUUUUUUUUCCAAUUUCAUUUAUCCUUAUAAUUGUUUGUUCUACAUAAAGUGUACCUUUUUUUGUUAAAAUGCUUUUCCACUCUAUUUUCACCUAGAUCUGUGGUGGGGACAAACCCUAUGUAUCCCCUGACAUGCUGCGUGAUCGCCACUCCACCUGCAGCAAGGAGGCCCUGGCUCAAUUCGAUCGUGCAAAGAAGAUGGGUGGUGUGGAGUUCAGUCAACAGUACCGAGAGGAGCUUGUGAAAGAUUUGAAUGAAGUUUACGAUGCUUUCUGCAAGCACAACGAGAGCAAAAACAUCUUCACUGCCUUCCGUACCCCUGCAGUGCUUUUUGCACUGGUGGCUGCAUUGUACAUGGCCUCUGGUAUAACAGGCUUUGUGGGGCUCGAAAUCAUUGCACAGCUGUUUAAUUGUGGUGUGGGUCUGCUACUCAUUGCUCUUCUCACAUGGGGCUACAUCAAAUACUCUGGACAGUACAGAGACCUCGGCGGUGUCAUCGAUUCCAGUGCAGAGUAUGUUCUUGAACAGGUAAGGAGAAAGACAUCUUCACAAUCCUUAUGAAUAUCUACACAAUUUUAUUUUUCAUUUAUUUGUUCAGCCUUUAUAAAAAUGUUUGGCAAUUGAAAAGCUUUAGACAAUGUACAGUGUCCAUUAUCAUGCAAUAUUUCACACAGAGUCUGAAAUGUUGUUAAAAAAGCAAAUAUAGAUUUAUUUUACAGAUGCAUGAUCUAUACACCAAAACUGCUUCAUUAAGCUAAAGUUGUUUUGGUGUUUAUAGUGUCCUUUUAACUUCUGCUAUGAGAUAUGGGUGCACAAAUGAUCACUUUGGGUAGAAACAUGUUUACCUUUUAACCAGAGGAUGUUUUACACUGGUUGGCUAGCUGAACAUGACAUUAUUUUCUUUACCCACCGGAUUAGAGGCAGUGCAAUGUUUGGGGAUACAUUUAACCAGGUCCGGACUGGCCAUCGGGCAUAGUGGGCAAAUUCCAGGUGGGCCGCAAUGACCAUGGGCCGAGGCCAGCAGGGUAGAUCAGUGUAUCUUCCCUGCCUGCCCAUGCAGGGCCGACACUAUCCGAGCGCCGGCCCUGCUGUGUGCCUUCAUGGGCCGGUGGGGAGACAAACUAUCUCCCCAACGGCCCACAGGCACUGAGAUGCGGGGGAGCUCUAUCCUGCAGCUUCGCCGGGUUCCUCUUGAGAGGUUGGAGCAUUGCUGCAUCUCCCGAGAGUGAAAUCUACCCCAGGAACUGCAGGGUAGAGUUCACUCCUCACUGGAACACCAGGGAUUUCAUACCGGACCACCAGGGCUGGCAACGAGGGAGGGGCGACAUAAAUAUAAUAAUUUUUUUAAAAUGUUUUACCCUACUACACCACACUGCACCCCUUACACACACACACUACACCCCAAACACCCACACUGCACCCCUCACACACAAACACUACACCCCAAACAUUACUGCACCCCUCACACCACACUGCACCCUUCACACACACACUACACCCAAACACCACACUACACCCCUCACACACACUACACCCCAAACAUUACACAGCACCCCUCAAACACGCACACUACACCCCAAACAUUACACAGCUCCCCUCACACACACUCACACACACUACACCCCAAACAUCACACCACACUCCACCCCUCACACACACUACACCCCAAACAUCACACAACACCCCAAACACCACACUAUACCACAGAGCACCCCAAACACACAGUGCACCACGCACACUGCACCCAAACACCACACAGCACCCCUCAAACACAGCACCCCUCACACCACAGAGCACCCUAAACACACAGACACACACUGCACCCCAAACACCACACAGCACCCAUCACACACAAUGCCCCCUUCACACAUACACAGUGCAUCCUUAACACAUACACCCCAAACACCACACUGCACCCCUCACACACAGUGCUCCCCUCACACCACACUGCACCCCUCACACCACACUGCACCCCUCACACACACUGCACCCCUCACACACACUGCACCCCAAACACACAAUCACCACACACACUGCACCCUCACACCAAACACCACACAACACCUUUCACACGCAGUGCACCCCUCACACACACACCCUGCACUCCUUAAACACCCUGCAUGCCUCAAACACCCUGCACCCCUCACACGCCCUGCACCCCUCACACGCCCUGCAUCCCUCACACGCCCUGCACCCCUCACACGCCCUGCACCCCUCACACGCCCUGCACCCCUCACACGCCCUGCAUCCCUCACACGCCCUGCAUCCCUCACACGCCCUGCAUCCCUCACACACAGUGCACCCUUCACACACAGUGCACCCUUCACACACAAUGCAAAGUGACCUUUUUUUCAUGCAAGAGCUCUUCAGCAAAGCUCUGUGCAUUGAACCAGCAUGCUCACUUUGAGAGGGGCGUGCUUGUCAUUGGUGAAUGCCCAGGCUGAAUUUUUGUCCCAGUCCGGCGCUGCAUAUCCCCAUCUCCUUUUGGCAAAAGACAGACUGAACUCAAUAAAAAAAAAAAAAAACUUUAAAAGUUAAGCCCCUCCACUUCCUCCUCCUCUUUAAACUAUAAGAUCCCCCAAAGACAAAAAUGCCCCAGUUGUCUGCCUGCCUUUAGCAGGGUAAGUAGGAAUUACAUUGUUGUUGUUUUCCCAGGCGGGGUUAGAUGGCUAUGGCCAGCGAAGGCUCUGCUUGUCUGAAAACCAGCUCUACAUGUGGACUUGGUUCUUCCCUCUUCAAUAGUUGGAAUGCACGCUGGGUGCUUGUGCUGGAAGUGGCGUGGUUGGGCUUGGAUGCACUAGUGGGAGGUCCUUAAGGUGGAAUGCAUGUACUGAUUACUGUGCGUUCCACCUGGAGGUUGCGGCUUGCUAUGUGCAUGCGCAAUGCAAUCUUAGCACCAAAUUCAUACAGGAAAGACCUUGGAGACUAUUUAAACUACUACUUCAGAAGCUCUUACAUUUUCAGCUAAACCUAUGGGGCUUUCUGCAGUGGCCAGAUGGCCUGUCUGGCUUAGAGGCUGGUCAGUGGACUCCAUUUCUAUACACUCUUUGUGAUCUGCCUUUUGAACAAGGCAUGCUUUUCCAGCUCUCAGCAGGACAAUUUACAAAUGGCAGGUGGGAAAAAGGCUCUUGUAGAAGAAGAAAAGCAACUAUGAUGGGACAAGAGAUUUUUAACAAAACCUGAUCUUCGUACAGACAUUGUUUUUGCAACUAUCAGAGACAGCCUUUUGGGUACAGAUAUUUAGAUAAAGGCAAGUUUAUGGGUAAACAAAAUAACGAUAUUCUAAUACCAAUGGCUGGAUUUUUUUCCUAAAUCUACAUUAGUCACAUCUAGUUCCCUUGAGGAAAAUUCAGUUUCUGGGCCUUCUUUUCUGUGGGUCAAAAAAAUCUUCACGAGAGCCAAAUCUAUAAGCAGAUUAAUUUAAUAAUGGCUUUAAAAAAGAACACCGUACUGGGUCUUUUCACUUCAGCAAUUCCAGCCAUCCAUGAGCAAGUAUGUGACGAUUACAGAAAAACAUCCUUUCAGAAUGGGAUAGAGAUCAGUCUUCUCAUUAUGAAAUGUAUGAUGCCCUAGCGAUUCCUUGGGAUCUUCAUCUGACAUACAUCUCCCCUCCAGUCCUGUUAACUCUGAGAGUCUUACAGAAGAUAGUCCAUGACACAGCUACAGUUAUUGCUAUAAUUGCUUUCUGUCCCUGGUAAAGUUAACGUUCUCUUCUUAUUAGUAUUUCCUUCUGUCACCUUCAUCUUUGAAAAUUCUAGAAUACGACCUAGUGUAUUCGCAGACCUUGAAAAAUAUUCAAGCUCACAUCUUGCUUUCUGAAAAGAAAAUCCUAAAUUCAGAAGGUUUAAGCCCUGAAAUGAUAGAUAUUUUUUGUAGUAGACAAGAAAGAUUCCAUUAGUACAAUAUACGCAAGAAUUUGGAAAAGGUUGUUGGUUUGUUUUUUUUUUCUUUUUCUUCUUCUUCUUGUUUUGGUCUGAAGGUUAAUCCCAUCACAGCACCUGUCCCUCGCCUCCUGAGAUUUCUUCCUUCUUCUCUCCAUGUUCAAGUCUCUUCAAUCAGUUUUUACUCCUUCGGAGAUUUAGCUUCUGAUUCCCUGGUGGCCAAAUUCAUCAGAGCAGUCUCUAACUUUCUUCCUACAAUUAGAAAAAUGAAUCCACCUUGGGAUCUUAAUUUGGUUCUGUCAGUACGCUGCGAACCUCCAUUUGAUCAAUUACAGAAUUGCUAUUUAAGUAUUAUAACCUGGAAAACGGUGUUCAAGUACUUUCAGCCUAACAUCUUUAUCCGACUUUUCUUUUGGAUAAGGUGGUCCUUCGUAAGGUGGCAUCAGUUUACAACAUUAGUCAAGAAAUCAUUUUGCCUACUUUCUGUCAAAACCCACACAACGAGGAAGAAAAAAAAUUCCAUUUGUUUCGAUGUUAAAAUAAGGCCUCUGAGGAUACUAUAUUUGGGCACAAGGUGAUUCAAGCAGUGGUGAAGUCCCAAUGUUCCCGCCUUAUGAGAUUGAUUAUUUAUCCCUAGUGUUGUUUCUGCCUCUAAUCUAGCUGGGGAAAGACAAAAAUUUUACUUACCAUAAAUUUCUUUUUCCUUAAAAUUAGAGACAGUGCACUUCUAUUUCCCUGCCCUAUUUCAUUAUUUUUGCAUGAUUUCAGCUUGUGUACUUUCUAGGGUAUUUUUGUCUUUGGGUAAUUUUAGCACCUGAAAGGGGGGAGGGGCUUAACCUUUUUAAAAAAUAUACAAAUAAUUUCCCCCCCAGAAUUUUCGUAUUUUUGUUUAACACUUUUUUAUUGUGAAUGUUAAAUACAACACACAAGUCAGGCAAUUGUUUCAGAACAGAUGCGGAGUCAAGAUUGUACAUGAAGCAUUUAACAAUACAACAUAAGUAAAACAAAAUAAAGGUUUGUCAAGUAUAACAUGGCUAUGGGUAAUUUCCAGACAGGAUAGAUUAGUAGAUAUAUAUAUAUAUAUAUAUUUGUUUUAUUUUUUUAUACAGUGUCCUGCCUGCCUUUUGCCAGAAGGAGAUAUCACCAAUGUUGCACUGCCUCUUAUCACUAUCUUUGUCAGUGGAGUACAAUGUAAUUUUAAUUUGCAUUGCAGUCCUCAAAUGCCAAAUGUUUUUCACUCUUUAAGACUAACCCAUGUAUUUGUAAUUUUAAUUUAAUUUUUUUUUUUUUUUAAAUCAUUGAUUACAUUCAGGUUUUUAUGUCUAUCUUUGAGAAAGUAUGCUAAAGAUAUACAAGCUACUGUUUAUGUUUGUGUACGUAUAGAUAAGUUUUUUUAUUUGUCACUUUCUCAUUCUUUAGGCCACUAACCGAAUGGGAAAUUCGACCCGUCGUAUAGUUGAGACUGCAGCAGGAGCUCCUCCUGAAAAGAAAAAACACAAGUAGCAUUGACCAGGCAUAAUAAGAGCACUUGAUCCCCUCCAUGCCCUGCCUCUAAUUGCAAAAAUGCCCACCUUUAGCACAGUUAUAUCCACUCUGGAGAUGCCACCGCUACACAGGACCUCUUCAUUCCAAUUCCAGAAUUUACCAGACAGAGUACAAAUAUGCACACAAUACAACAUAGGUGGUUAGGACCUACUACAGUCACCCUAGACAUAAGGGGUGUACCAUUACAAUUAUUGUUGGAGGGAUCUGUAUUUGGACUGUGCACUUUUUCAAAAGCAACAAUUUAACACACUGAGUUGAAGAAGUGUAAGUAACCAUUCCAUUAACUGUGUUGUAAGGAAGGGUUCCUCUACAACUAUAAAAAGUCAGGGUCAAAUAACUCUAAAAUUGGGACAGAUUGACGAAACUAUGUUGUGUGGAUUUUGAUCCAUGUUUCUAAAAUAGACGUUGAUAACUGCACCUAUUAUAAGUGAACGUUAUACAGCCAAAACUGAAAAGUAUUUCAAAACCAAUUUGUUAACAGUAAAAUUUGUUGUUGCAAUAUUGGACAGAAUACUAUGGCUUCUAAUGUGUCAGAGGGCAUGAUGGUGAAAGGAUAGUCACAUAUUAAAUGUCUAAUUCAUCCUUUGAGCCUUAAAGGGCAACUGCCACUUCAAAACUAUUUUUAACACAAUAAUCCUUUUUUUUAAGUUUUGAAAGGAAUAGAUUGUAUAUGUUGAAAACAUGAGAAACUAAUGCCUGCGUUUAGUAUGUGACAGCAGUCUUCAGCCAUAUACGUUGAUCUUGAAAACCAACAGUCUUCCUGGUCUUCCUCUGUGCAGGGAGUGAAGCAAGGAAGACCAUAGAGACUAACUGUUGGUUUUCAAUCACUGUCUGACCCAAGAUCCAUGUAUAUGGCUAAAGGAUUCUGUCAUAUACUAAAAAUAGGGAUGGCUAUUUCUCAUAUUUCUUUCUUGUUUUCAACAUAUACUUAAUUUAAAAAAAAUCUAUUUAUUUUCGAAACGCGAUGAAAGGAUUAUUAUAUUAAAAAAUAGUUUUGAGGCGACAGUUGUCCUUUAAUAUAUUGCUCAAUAAAUCUUUGCUUUCUGUAUUUGCUACUCACACUUUUUGUAUGAUGUUUUGGGAAUUUCAGGCCUCUGGGUUAAGUAAAGUACAAUAUAUUCUUACAUCUUGUUACAUUAAUAAACCCUUCAUGUUACAAGAUCUAAGAAUUUAUUGGACUUUAUUUCUUUUUAAUCAGUUGCCUAAUCAUUUGGAUUGACUCAUGAGAUUGAGCUUUAGUUAGUCAGUGCAAAUGAUUUUCUGUAACUAACCUUGUUCCUUGAAAUGGCACAUUGUACUCUGUAUAAGAACUCUUUCAAUGAUAAGAAAUAUUUCAAAAUAUGAACUUGCUGAAAGUAUGUAAUGUAUUACAGUCUCUUAUUUAAGGGACUAAUUGUUAAUGGUUAACUAUCCUUCCUGAUAAUUGCAUAUUUUUUAUAUCUUAAUGUAGGUGCCUUAUUGCCAUUCCUAAAGCUUCUUGUGCCUUUUUGGGGUAGAAUCCGGGGGAUGCACAAAAAGCCCUUAGAUGUAAGACCCCUUACUUACUGCACUAGCCUCUUCAUUCCUGCAAAUUACAAUUUUACAUACCAGAUAAACUGAUCAUCCAGUAGCCAAAAGUAUAAAGAAACCUUAAGAUAUAAUCAAAAGCAGCAUAGUUAAACUAUUUCAGUCACAUUGCAGCAUUGGGGAAUUUUAACUUUGGUUAUCAUGGGUAUUUAAGGAGAAAUAUAUUUUUUCUGUCAACCAGCUGGAGAUUGGGGGGCCAUUUUGUAUACAUAGAAUUCUUAAAUAGUAUUGUAAACUGACAUUUCCAAAACUAUAUUUUUUCUUUAAAAAUUGAGUCAUCAGGGACAUCUAUUGUCUAAUGUCUGUGUACAUUUGUUAAAAUAUUGAUAUAUCUACAUACAUACAAAUGUGCUUUAAGCUUUAUACACAUAAAUAUCAACAUAUAUAGAAUGUUGCACUAAAAAUACGACCACAAAAGUUAUAUGUGCAAAUAUUUGUGUUCUCUGUAUACCAAUGUGCAAUAUUUUGUGUGUAUUUAUAUCUGUUUGCAUGAACCUGCUGUAUGUGUGUGUAAAAGUGGACCCUUAUGAACUUUCACAAGCUGAAAUGUUGCAUAUAUUCCCAUAUUUAAUAUUUUUCAAGUCUUGGCAAUGAAAAGCUACAUUCCAAAGCAAAGAUGUCACAAGUUGAUGUAUAAUUUGGACAAAAAAAAUAUUUCUUACUGUUGCUGCUUAUUUUUCUAUUCUUUGUUUUAUUUUUAAUAAAAGCAAAUGUAAUCCUUCACCUUGUGUUUUAAUAAGCAUGUGAAAAAUGUGU